CAAACUUUAAUCUACCUUGCAGGCUGUAAAGACCUUACAUCAACAUGAUAUGGCAACGAGCUGCUCUGACCCAAUGGCAUUUUAUGGUUUCUUUUCGUAGUUGGAAGUAAAAUAACUUGCAAGCAGAGCAGUAUCGAGUCUUCCAGGUGUAGUCUGGCAGAGUCUUAGCAUAAAAAAUAAAAGGGUGGGGGGCAUGGGCAUUAAGCUGUUAUUUUAGAUGCUGUCUUAUCCCUUGAUUGUCCUGUUAGGCUUUACUCACUAUCCCGUAAUGUUGCAUAAAUCUGUAGUCAGUAUAUAGAGAAGGUUUUCCCCCAACCUAAUAUGUCUUUUUACCUCCUGUAGCAGCUUUACAACAAUUAUGUGGUGUGGUGCUAUAUUCCAAGUGGGCCUGUGAGAUGGUAACUUGCACCCCAGGCAUGCAGUGCUGUUCCUUUGUACGGUCAUGCCAUAUUGGACCACCAGGUGCUUCUGCUUCCACUCUGUGUAGACAAAAAAUGUUUGAGAGAUGAAUAAAUACCUUAAUAUUACUGUGCCAGCAAGAAUGAGCAUAAUUUGACAAUGCUAAAUUCCAUGGAGGUAUGGUUAUGAGAUUUAAAUACUAAAUACAGUAACACUGAAAAAACGUCAGAUCUGUUGGUGAAAUGAAUAAUCACAUGGCUGCUCUUGAUUGUGCUUGGGUUGACUUCAUUAUCAGCUCUGUGACACUGCUAUAAAACCCCAGGAGCUGAAGAUAAGAAGGAUCUCGUCUGCCUUUCAUGAUCUCUGUGGAGAUAGCUGAGAUGAACUACAAGAAGGAACCAGUGGUGUGGUACAGUGGUGUCAAAAAGAUCUUCUCUGGUAGCGGCGGAUGAGGGGAUCCUGCACGCCUCUGGAGAUGGGGUGCCUCCCGCGACCAAGGAUUACUGCAUCAUUUACAAUUCGAAUUGGACGUCUCUUCCGAAGAGCCUGGACAAUGCUACUUUCAGGGCUCUGGAAAACCUGACUUCUACAGUACUCUGCAAUUCUUCUGAAGCUCCUUCUGGCCUAAUGAAGGACAAAGCAGUUGUUGUGAUGAGAGGAAACUGCACUUUUUUGGAGAAAGCAAGAAUUGCACAAAGUUUGGGUGCUGCAAUGCUGUUGAUUGCCAGUAAACCUAGGCUGUCUCCCAUUUCAGAUAACAAGACUGAUUUUGAAGAUGUGACUAUUCCAGUUGCUCUUAUAAGAUAUAAUGACAUAGUAGAUAUGCAGCUGACACUUGGAAAUAAAGUUAAUGUGACUCUGUAUUCACCACCUUUGCCGGAGUUUGAUUGCAGUAUGGUUGUCAUCUUCCUAAUUGCUGUGUUUACAGUGGCACUAGGAGGCUACUGGAGUGGAGUAGCAGAACUUGAGAAUUUGAAAGCAAUAGCAAGUCCUGGGGAGAGAGAAACAAGAAGGAAGAAGGAAGAAAAUGUCACUUUUACCCCUGUGACAGUUAUCUUGUUCGUUGUCAUCUGUUGUGUCAUGCUGGUCUUACUUUAUUUCUUCUACAAAUGGCUAGUGUAUGUUAUAAUAGCAGUCUUCUGCUUGGCAUCUGCAAUGAGUCUCUACAACUGUCUGGCGGCACUAAUGGGAGAAAUACCCUUUGGGCAGUGCAGGAUUGCGUGUGGCAACAAAAGCAUUGAAGUGAGGCUUGUUUUCCUUGCUGUAUUCUGCAUAGCAGCAGCUGUUGUCUGGGCAGUGUUUCGAAAUGAAGAUAGGUGGGCUUGGAUUUUGCAAGAUAUUUUGGGAGUUGCUUUCUGCCUCAACUUUAUUAAAACACUGAAAAUGCCCAACUUUAAGUCCUGUGUGAUACUUCUAGGCCUUCUCCUCCUGUACGAUGUGUUUUUUGUCUUCAUAACACCAUUUAUCACAAAGAAUGGGGCAAGUAUAAUGGUUGAAGUUGCAGCUGGUCCUUUUGGAAACAGUGAAAAGAAUGAUGGAAACUUGGUGGAAGUCCCUACUGAACGCUCAGCUCCCCAUGAGAAAUUACCUGUGGUUAUUAGAGUGCCUAGACUUGACUACUCUGCAUCAACACUCUGUGAUUUGCCCUUUUCAUUGUUGGGUUUUGGAGACAUUAUUGUCCCAGGGCUUCUGGUUGCCUAUUGUCGAAGAUUUGAUGUUCAAACAAGUUCAUCCUCUAUAUACUACAUCUCCUGUACAAUAGCUUAUGCCAUUGGUAUGGUGCUGACUUUUGUUGUCUUGGCAUUAAUGAAGAUGGGACAACCUGCCCUUCUUUAUCUGGUACCGUGUACACUCAUUACUAGCUCGCUUAUUGCUUGGAAGCGCAAAGAGAUGAAGAAGUUCUGGAAAGGAAGCAAUUACCAGGUAUCGGACUCCUGCAGGACGCCUUUGCUACAAGGUAUGAUGGAACACCUCGAUUAUACAGGAAAUGAAGAGAGCACAGCAUCAGCCAGUGAACAGCCUGGAGGACAAUAGCAUGUAGGAUCCUGAUUUCAAAUAGUACUCAAACUUUCUACAAGUGAAUUACAGUAAAUUUGGUGAAGUUUUACAAUAGAGUAUUUCCUACUCUGUGUAAAAGGGUUUUCUACUCCCGCAUCUCUAUUUUUAUCGAAAAAUAUUAAUAACAUAAAAGUAAUCAAAAUAGACUUGCAUUUUUACAGACAAACUAUAGCUAGUAAAACCGUGCCUUAUUUCAAUUCAAAUAAAAGGAUAUUUUGUAUGUGAUUUUUCCAAAUGUGUUUCUAUACAGUAUAUUUUUAUAAAAGUUUCUUGCCCAUAUCAGUUUGACACAUUAAAUGUUUUCUUAAUUUUGAUUAAGACUACUCAAGCUUCAUUUAAACAAAAAAUGUACAGUACCCUUCAUAGGAUUCCUUUCCAGAUUAUGUAUGCAAAGUUGGAUGGUAAUGUGACUGUAGCAACUAAAGAAUGAAACUAUAGUUCCAUUACUACAAGUAAUUAAAUAAACAGUGUGUACAUUAUUCUGUAUACAUUGUAAGCCAUAAAACAGAUGAUGGGGCAAAUUCACCUUGGGGUUGUGAGCUUCCCCCCUGUUCCCCUUAUAGUAUCAGUGGUGUAUGCCUUAAUUGUGAAAAUUGCUCAUCUUUGAUGCAAGUCUUUGGAUGAUAUACAUCACCACCCAUUUAAAAACAAAUAAAAGGGGGGAGGUACUUGUACAAUGGUCUUGGAGACUGGAGUGCAGCUCCUCGAAUAGCUGACAAACAAGAUGGUGUGAAAGGCAAGUGGGAUUUUGUUCAAGAAAUGCUAUUUGGGGAUGGGAAGGUGUGUGAAAUGUUCUUCUCCUGCCCAUUGAGACCAGGCCUGUAUCUGUGAACUCCGUUUGGCUGUGGAUCAGUUCAAAAGGAUGGGGGAAGACAGGACAGAUCUUUGUAGCUUUUGCAUCUACACAAUAUUUCUGUUGUUGUUGUUGUUUUUUGAAACUAUUUUUGAAGAUUCUUUGCAAUUGAUAGACAAAACCACAGGUUUGAGUAGCGCUAGUAGUGCUGUGUUAGUUAAGGCCAAUGCAUGUGUUUAACUCGUUUAAUCUUAAUUUGUUUUAGCUUUUAAAGACUUGGAAAAGGAGAAAGAGUUUAAAUCAUUAGUUUGCAUUUAGAAGACUUGGAGUGUGUCACUUUUAUUUUCUAAGGAAACUGCAAAUUGAGGGGGAUUAGGCAUAGAAAAUGUGUAUAGCCCUAACGCUAGUUCUUUACACCAAAGAAAAUUGGAGAAGGCAACAAGAGGAAACCACCGAGUUCACUUAGUGCUAAUGUCAGGUAGUCAUUAAAACAUUUUUCCUAUUCUUCAAAUGAAUGUCAUUCCUAUAGCCAGUACAGGUUCAAGAACCCUGGAGAAAACAAGCGAGUAAGCACGCCGGGCAAUGGCAGCGCAGGCUUUCCUGCCGCGCCUCACCUAAGUGCCUCAGGGCUCGGCUGAAGGUCACCUCCAGGCGUUUAUAGCUAGUUUGGGGCAGGUUGGCUCAGGAGAACUUACCAGAUUACAUCUAGUUAAGCUAGAUCUACUUUGGAAGUAUGCUAAUCAAGACAAUUGUAAAUCUAUAUUGGCAGUUAACAAAGGCUUACUGCAAAUUCGCCGCUCUACGUAAUUUAUGUCGAGUUUAAACUUUUAUUCCCAAGAGCCGGGAGCAGACAGACUUACAGCCUGAGUAUCAGUUGCUGCUAUUCACACAGAUUGACUGUGGUGCCAGUUGGUAAGGGUAAGAUAACCGCCUUGUUUGCUACUUCCCUAAGAAAACAGAAAUUACGCACACUUCUCAUAUGUUAGUAGUUGCCCCUCUUGACUUUCUUAACCUAAGCUUGAACUGAGAGCUUCAGAAUAUAAUGAUCUUGUGCACCAUUUUCAAUUCUUAUUUGACUGGCACUUAAUAAUAAAUCACAGUAUACCUCAGUGUUCCAAUAGCAGCCUGAAAACUUUUCUUCUGACGUGUUGUCAUGCUCUUUGACAAGCCAAAUAUCUGCCGCAGUUCAAUGGUCAUGAAGAAGUUGCUGGAAAUUCCUGAAAGAGAUACAGAAGUCAUAGCUCAAAGUCGUGCUCUACUCAGUCCUCAGCAGCUUUGCAGAUCUAUGUAAUAUGACUCCUUUUUCUCUUUCGAAUCUUCUGCGUGGAGGAUUUAUUAAAUUUUCAGCUAUACAUGAGGAUGGAAUCGGCGUAAAUAAAGAAGACCUUUGGCAGCAAAUGUAUUCAGCAGCUGGCUGUGGAAACCCUGUCUUGUUCUGUGCCUAAUUGUGCUCCGUGCCUGGUCAUGCCUGAGGUUUCACACGUAUGUGCUGCAGUUUAAUGGGAUGUAAACUAACUUUUUUCUUUCAAAUGCUUAGGUGCUUUGUUUACAAAAAUUAAGAAUGGAGUUUAAAAUUUUAUAUAAAUAAUAGGUUAGUAUUGACUACUGAAACGAGGUUUUUAUAAGUUCAGUAGAACUGAUCGCAACACUUUUAGCAAUUUUGAAUGUUUUUGAUAUUAAAUUUGUUUGGGUUAAACACUAUGUUAAAAGCCUUUUUAGUCAUACUUUAAUAGAAAAAUCUCAGUAUUUCCUUGUGUGUUUACUGACAACAGCCCCCUUCCUUAUGACUCUUAAGUUAUCACUUCAAGAAUGUUAUUAAUAAAUGUUACUUGGGGAAAGACAAAGAAA